AACUCGUUAACCUGGUGAGUGAUCAGUGUGAAUGUCAGGAUCACCCACUCGGGUGGUGGCGGCUCUUUAAUCAACGCGUCCACCAACCGCGUCUCCCCCACCACUCUCCUCCAACCCCACCUCCACUUCCCUAACCAACCGAGUAUCACCUUGAUCUUCCUCUUACAACCCACUCCAACACACCGCGCGCCAUCAUGCCCGAGGCCGACAAACACGCCGCGGCGCAACAAGCCGUGGACAUCCUCCACGAGAUCUCUACUAUCCUCAACUGCGAACUUGACCGCCGCACUCUGUCUAUCUGCAUCUCUAUGAUUGAGCGUGGCGUUAAUCCUGAAGCCCUGGCGCAAGUUAUCAAGGAACUGAGAGGCGAGGCUCAAGAGGUGGAGCACAAUGCCGCCGCCGCCGCGAGACGGCGGUGAUGUCAGUGCGGAUGCUGGAGGAAAACUGACAAUUAUGCAAUCUCUUAAAUGAACCAAGCCAAGGCAAUCUGGAGUUUACAGGAGU